CGGUUUAUGAGUCCGCGUGUGAACCAGCGAGCUCAUGGCUACCCUGGAGUCUCCCGGGAUGGAUGGCCAGACUGGAGACAUGGAGACAGAGGCGUUGCAGAGUGCAAGGUGGCUGUACUGCGGAGAGCCGGACGACAGGCAGAAAGCUGUGCUGGUCCAGUUCUCCAAUGGGAAGCUGCAGAAUCCAGACAACAUGCGCUUCACCUUGUACAACAGCACCAACUUGGUAAACCCCAGGCAGAGGAAUCAUCGGAUCCUGGCAGCUGAAACAGACAGGCUCUCCUAUGUUGGAAACAAUUUUGGGACUGGCGCCCUCAAAUGCAACACUCUUUGCAGACACUUUGUGGGAAUUCUGAAUAAGACCUCUGGCCAGAUGGAAGUCUAUGAUGCUGAGCUAUUCAACAUGCAGCCACUGUUUGCUGGAGUGGGAACUCAGAUCAUCAAACUUGGUGGCAAAUACUUUUACCUGCUGGCCCUCUGCCAACCCACCAAGAACUUGACUGAGGCAGGUGACCUGCUGCCGCCGCGCUGGCUCCGGCAAGGCCAUUACAUUGCAGUCCUGCUGGAAGAUGCUAUUGAUCAAGAGCCCCCUGUGGAGAAUCAGAACAAGACGUUCAGGGAAAAGUUGGAUUCUUGCAUUGAAGCCUUUGGAAGCACCAAGCAGAAGCGGUCCCUGAACUCCAGGAGAAUGAACAAAGUUGGCAGCGAAUCUCUGACUCGCACAGUGGCUAAAGCCGCAGAGAAUAUCAUUGACACAAGGGGUGUGAGUGCUCUGGUCAGCGAUGCCGUGCAGGAUGACUUGCACGAGGACUCCCUCUACCUUCCUCCCUGCUACGCUGAUGCAACCAAGCCCGAAGACGUGUAUAGAUUUGAAGACAUUCUGUCCCCGGCGGAGUACGACGCUCUUGAGAGCCCAUCCGAAGCCUUCAGAAAGGUCACGUCCGAAGACAUACUGAAGAUGACUGAAGAGAACAGCCACUGCUCCUUCAUCAUAGAAAUGCUGAAGUCUCUGCCGGCAGAUGAGGAGCAUCGGACCCGGCAAGCCCGGAGCAUCUGGUUCCUAGACGCCCUCCUCAGAUUCCGAGCUCAGAAAGUGAUAAAGGGGAAAAACGCCUUAGGCCCUGGAGUCCCUCACGUCAUCAACACCAAGCUGCUGAAGCAGUUCACCUGCCUGACUUACAACAACGGCAGUUUACGGAACUUAAUUUCGAGUUCUAUGAAGGCCAAGAUUACUGCGUAUGCAAUCAUUCUCGCACUGCACAUAAGUAACUUCCAGAUUGACCUGACAGUGUUGCAGAGGGACUUGAAGCUGAGUGAGAAAAGGAUGAUUGAGAUAGCGAAAGCCAUGAGGCUGAAGAUCUCCAAAAGAAAGGUGUCCCUGGCAGACGGCAGGGAAGAGAAUCACAGGCUGGGCACUCUGUCUGUCCCCCUGCCUCCAGCCCAGACCUCAGACCGACAGUCAAAGAGGAAGAAAAUUACCUAGAUGUUUUCCACAGCCACUUCUGUUCACUUCCGUUUUUAUAUCUUUUUGAAAAAGAAAGUAGACUGGACCUUGUGAUACAUACCUCUAACCCAAGUACUCAGGAGACUGAGGGAGGACUGUGAAUUCUGGGCCUCUCUGGGACUCCACCAUGCUCCCCCACACCCCUGAGGCCUUACAGUAGCAUGGUGAUCAUGCCAGAAGCCAGCAUCCCAGCUGUGUGUCUCUUAUGCAAAAAUUAAAGUGAUGGCCUGGGUUUGACUUCA